CCCAGACCCAGAGCCAACCUAGGCCACAGCACGGCCGGGCCGGGAUCCCGUAACCGCGGGGACCCCUUGGCGCGAUGGACCCCGCGCUGGCCGCGCAGAUGAGCGAGGCGGUGGCGGAGAAGGUGCUCCAGUACCGGCGGGACGAGUCAGGAUGGAAGAUUUGCCGGGAAGCCAAUGGAGUGUCAGUUUCCUGGAGGCCAUCUGUGGAGUUUUCAGGGAACCUGUACCGGGGAGAAGGCAUCGUGAACGCGCCCCCAGAGAAGGUGUGGGACUGCAUCAAGCCACUUCCUGGGACCCUUCGAGCCAAGUGGGAUGAGAACGUGACCAGCUUUGAAAUUAUCGAAAGCCUCACUGAUACAUUGUGCGUGAGCAGAACCACCAGCCCCUCGGCUGCCAUGAAGCUCAUCUCCCCCAGAGACUUCGUGGACUUGGUGCUCAUGAAGACGUACGAGGACGGGACCCUCAGUUCCAGUGCUAUCAACGUGGAGCACCCGUUGUGUCCCCCGAAGCCUGGUUAUGUGCGAGGGUUUAACCACCCCUGUGGCUGCUUCUGUGAGCCUGUGCCAGGGGAGCCCAACAAGACCCACCUGGUCACGUUCUUCCAGACCGACCUCAGCGGCUACCUCCCGCAGAGCGUGGUGGACUCCUUCUUCCCCCGCAGCAUGGCCGGGUUCUACACCAACCUGGAGAAAGCCGUGAAGACUUUGUACGACUGACGUUUGCACUUGCUAGCCAAGGACUCCCGGACCUCACUGCAGAACCCCGAUGCCGGGGAACCAGAGAGCUCCGAGGGCCAGUCUUCACCCUAUGGGACCUGCUUGGAGACUGCUCAUCUCGGCGGAGAAACCGGUGGGAGUGGCCCCCGCCACCCCGCUCCCCGCUCCGGGCCGGCUUCGGGAAGUCGCUCCUUGACCCUGGUUGGCCGCAGACCCCAAGGGGUGCGCUCCGGUCUGAGACCUGUGUGUGCCAGUCACCGCCAGAGGCCUCCUGCCCCCGCCGGUUAGAAAGGACCCCCACUGAGGCCGAAAGCCAGGCCCUGCUGCCUGGUUCGCACCCAGUGCCCUCCGACCUGAUCACAUGGCCCCAGGUUUUCCCCCUUGAAAAAAUAACAGCUUGGAAAAUACUCUUUUAACAAAUGAGCUGAGCAUUGGGGAAAAAUACAUUCGAUAUUUCUUCUGGU